AGAAGUAUUGAGUCAGACAGUGUUGUGCCAUACAACUACAGCCAUUUAAUCAAGGUAGUAAAUAUAUAUUCAUAGUUUUCAAUGUAGGUAGAUCACUUUAGCCCGGUCAUUUGAAAAGGAGCUCUAAAGCUGAGAAAGUGUGGACAUCCCUGUUCUAGACUAUAUUAUAUUGACUGGCAAAUGUGUGUUUUUACUACAUGGAACCUUUAGGAACCACAGUAUUUGGAACUUAUUUCAAAAUACAUUCUCCAAGUUCUUAUAGUUUCUCACUGGGUCUACAAAUGUAAACCUAUGUCUCUGUAGGGCCAUCAAGUCUAAAGUCCUCCUCAGCACUGUCCCAGCUACUCUGAGUAAUGUCUAUGUUUUGGUGUUUAUCAAACAUUCAUACUGUGACCCUGCAGAUCCACCUGGUCACUUGGACUCACAGGAUCCUGUUUGGAUUGGUGUAGGCCAGUCGAUGAAGGAUUGGAAUCAUUUCACUAAAAUCCGAAAUGGUGCUGCACUAUCUCGGACCAAGAGGAAUGUCCUGUUUCCCAGCGGUGUGAGACUGUGCAGUCAGGAGACACUGGAUAAGGCUGUGGAGAACCAUCUCAGAUAUUUCCACCUCCGAGUUUGUCAAGAGACUGUGUGGGAGGCCUUCAAGAUCUUUCUGGACCGGCUCCCAGAUCAGGACCAGUAUCAGUUCUGGGUUGGUGCCUGUGUGAAUGGUUCUGUUAAUAUGAUGGACAUCGGCAGCUUCUUCAGCAGGUCGGAGGAGCACAGCACAUUCAUCAGGAGUAGUGUGGCCUCCAUGUCAGGCACUAACAGUGAAAAUGUCUCCAUGACUCCGAGUCCUCCUGAUGCUUCUCUUCCUCCUGAAGUUCCUUCCCGUCGUUGCAGCUCAGAGACAGCAACAACUGACCAUGUUGGACUAACAGAGAUUGCAGCACAGACAGUUUUUGUCCCUGGAACAGAGACCACUUCAUCCUCAUUACCUACUGGACAUUACAGUUCUUCUGAUGCCGAACACACUCCUGAGAAUACAGAAAAAAAGUUCCCAUAUACAGAGAAGGAAACUUUUGAACCCGAAGAAAUUUUAACUACUCAACAAGUUUUUCCAGAAGGUGAGAAGUCAUGGUCAGAAGCUGUGGCUUUGGUUCUUACAAACACCACUCCAGAACCUGGUACUGAGGCCAUCAAUAAACAGGAUUCAGUACAUGAAGUAGCUCUAGAACCUGCUCAUCAGACAUCAGCAGAAGAAUUAAAGGAGGAGACAACCAUUAACUACACUUUGGGUAGCUAUGCAGAAGAAGUUAUUUUCAGCCCUGACAAAAGUUUGACUGAUGCGAUUUCUGAAGAAGCCACCAGUGAUUUAACUGAACUGGUCACUGAAGCUACACCAGCUACAGUUGUCUUUACAGAACCAGGAUAUGAUAUGCACAUAACACCUGGAGAACAUCCUCCAGAACCUGCCUUAGGAGUUAGUACAGAAUCAGUCCUAACAGAUGUCAUGCUGACUGUUCCUGGUUUAGAAGACGGACUUCAAAUAUUCAUCAGUGUAAGUCCAGAAUACCAGUCUGUCUCAGACACUGAAACCUGGACAGUGGUGACAACCAUUGGGGAAAAAGGAAACAUGAAUGUUGACCACAAAACACAACCCUAUGAUGUUUCAUCUGAGUCUCCUGCAGUAGUGGUCAAGGAGAUACCACCGAACACAACUGAAAUAAAGACUGAAGAAGUGGAACAGAAACAUACCACAGAUAGUCCAGAAAAGGUGGUGGAGAUAGAAGAAGGGAGGCAGUUUGAGGCCUUAGCAGAACCAACUGAAGGUGGAGAAGAAACACAUGUGAAACUUGGAGAGGGAGAAACGAGGAAGGUGAACGAACAAGAAUAUCCUGUUGAAGAAGAGGAGCUUAGCAUCACAGCUGCAGGAGAUGGUGAUCCUUUAGAAGAAACCUUUCUUGAAGAGAUGACAGAAGAAGAAAUUUACUUGGAAUAUCCAGAGGCAGAAGAUACUAACAUAUUUAAGGAUGAACCAUCUGAAUUCAUAAAAACAGGAGAAGGACCGCAAGAUUCUGAGGUUGAAGUAAGGAUCAACGAUAAGGACACAACACAGAGUAAGGUAGAUGUUUACACCUUUACUCAGUCAGGGCUGAUUUUGGAAGAUGAGAAGGUUACAACAGAGUUUCCUGCAGAGACUAACCCGCAGUCUCUACCAGAAGAUGACAGCGCUCUGUUAGUGGUGGUCCAAAAUGAAGGAGGUGUUACGACAGAAGAACCAUGGCAAAUCCAGAGGGAGGACUCCGAUGAGGUCACUGCUGUAACUGUUGUUAGUAUUGCUUCACAAAGUUCUGUCCAUGAAGAGGUCAACCCAGAACCUGCAACUGAUGAUGAUGGUGCUAUGUUAGAAGAUCUCCAAGGGAGACCUGAUGUCACAUCAUUAGAACCAGGGGAAAUGUGGCAAGAAGUAACAGCGGAAAAUCCAUCUGAGUUCUCAGAGGAGAAAACCACAGAAACGUUUGGUGCUGUCUUGGCAGAACAUUCCCCGUAUUUUGACAUUAAGGACAUCACCUCUGGUCCAUCUUUGGAGGUCACAACCAAACACCUAGUGGAGAGCAACAACGGAUAUUCUCUGGAGCUUCCAGAGAAAUUCCCCAGAAAACAGGAAAUACCCUUUGACACUGACGGCAGUUUGUUAGAAAACAAUGGCUUUGAGUUAAAGGAACAACAGGAGAACUUGAUUGGUAAUGAAAUCCAUGACACGUUGUUGAGGCCCCCCAGGCCUUUGAAGGACCAGGUGGUGGAGAUGAAGCUCAGACUGAGGACAGAAACCUUCAGUGGCGCUCUGAGGGACCGCAGCUCAUUCCAGUACCAGCACCUGGCUAAGAAGGUCACUCGCAAGGUGGAACAGGCCUUCGAGAAGCUGCCAACCUUCAAAAGCAUUAACAUUGUGGAGUUCAGGCCUCAGAAAGACUUGGAACGUGGUCUGGUGGUCCUGGUUCUCUACACCCUCACCCUGGAGGUGGACAGCGGUGGCAGCAUCCCUAAAGAAAUCCUAGACUUCAUAUUUGUGCAAAACAAUCUGGUGGAAGAGAACUUCCACGGUGCCUCUGAGGAGCCCACUGUGGUCUACACCAUCACUGACUUCCGUAAUUUCAUCACUGAGGCUCUGCACAAAGACAACUUCCUGACUAACACCAGUCAGGAAAACCAGAAGGACCAGGUCCAGCUGCAGAACGUAGAACACAUCCUCUCUACUGUGAAACCAACAAGUCAAACAUCUGAUACCUUCAACAACGACAUGGACAAUGCCCUAGCGGGGGAGAAACCUCCUGAUGCUCCAGUCCAUGAGAAGGAACUCUUCAUCUAUGAUCCCUUUGAUCUGUGGAAGGAUUCUAAAAGUGAAGGACUGAGCGAGAAUGACGUCUUCAUGUUUGAGGAGAGCACACUUCGUCCACCAUCAGACGCUUUUACUGAAAAAACCUUAGAGCUUGAGCAACUGGAGCCAGAGAAGAAAAAUGUGGAAGAUGAAGGAUUUCUUGUCAACACUUCCGAUGGAAAAGCUGCAGGCAGUACUGACUGCUGGAAUUCUUGUCCUCCCACAACGCAACCUCAGAAAGACAUUCAAGUUCCGAUAGACGAAGGAUCUGGAUCUGGUUUCUCAGGAGAUGGUCAGGAAUCCAACGUCCAGUCCUGGCAAAGCGUUGAAGACGAUGUUAGUGUUGAUUUGCUCCCACCCCCUGAUCUAGAGGAGACAGAUGAGGGCGAUGAAGUCCAGGACGAGGACUGGAGGUUUGAGUUGACUCUAACAGAUUACAAUGAAGAUUUGGUUGAAACAGGAGAAGAAAUAAAAAAGGAUCCACCUUCACAGACAACAUUAGGUUCUGACUUUGUAGAAUCAGUUCAUAAUGGAGGCACUGAAGAACCAUUAUUAAUUCAAACUUUGGUCACGCCUCACUUCACGACAACCCCACUCUACCACACCUCGACUGAACGGCCCGCGGUGUCUCCUGAGAAAACUUUCAAGGAUGAAAUAUCAAUACAAACAUUUGAAGCAUCUGGAAUCCAUGAAGAUAACUUCUUAACAGAACCACAGAUGAUUCUUCAGGAAGUCACAGAGGCUGCUGGACCAGAGAGCUGGACUGACAGGGCUCCUCUGUUUGGAGACUCCACUGAUUCUUCAGUCUUUGUACCUGAGGUAUCGCCUGAGGCGUUAGAAGUACCAACUGCUGCAGUGUCUCAACCUCCUGAUGUGACAGUUUGGUCCAAAGCAGCAUUGACUGAGGAGGUUGGAGUUUUAAAUUCAGAAUCUCCCUCAAUUAACACGUCCCCCGUCUCUGUAGAGGCACAAACUGUAACAGUCCAAGAAUCCCACAUUAAUGCGGACACACAGGAGACAACAGAACUCCAGGUGCUCAAAGACGAACCCAAGCUACAGUUGACAGAAACGGCAGAAUACCAGGGAGUUGAGGUCUUAGAGGAGCAGCAUGUUGGAUCCUCUUACCCCUCAACUACAACAACAGCAGUGGUUGAAAUGUUGGACGAAGAUCUUGUCUUAGAUGAAGUCAUGGUGGCCGCCACGACAAUCACUGUUCCUGUCUCUUUGUCCACAAGCUCAAGCCACAGCAGCAGAGUCUCUCCUGAAGAGGACUCACCGUUUACUCGAGUGUCUGACCUGGAACCAGAUGAAGAAGAUCUGCUUCAGCAUGAGCCUCAAAUUCAUGAAGAUGUUGAAGAGUUUCCAGUGAGAAGUGCAGGUGAAGACUGGUUGGACGAUGACCUCCAAACGACCUUCCCACUUCAGGAAGUCAUGAACAAAACUGCGGCUCCUGUGAUCCACGCCUCUGAGCAGGAGGUUUCCAUCAAUGGUCUUCCAACCAUUAACGUCAGCUUCGAUGUGGUCCAAGAUGGCAUAGUUGACGCUGAAGGUGACAGCAGUGGAUUCUCUAGUGGUGCCUAUCUGUCAGAUCUGGAAGCGAUCGCUUUACCAACUAGACCGGGCAGAGCCUUGACAGUCUUCUUCAGCUUGAGGGUAACCAACAUGGCCUUCUCCAUGGACCUGUUUAACAGGAGCUCCACUGAGUACAGGGCCCUCGAGGAACAAUUUAUGCACUUGCUGGUCCCAUACCUACAGUCCAACUUGAACAACUUCCAGAACCUGGAGAUCCUCAACUUUAGAAAUGGCAGCAUCGUGGUCAAUAGCAGAAUGAGGUUUGGCAAGCCAGUUUCUCGAGGUGUCACCAAUGUAGUUUACCUAAUUCUGGAGGACUUUGCUGACACCGCCUACGAGACCAUGAACCUUGCCAUCGACAAGUACUCUCUGGAUGUUGAGUCAGGUGACCGGGCAGAUCCCUGUAAAUUCCAGGCCUGUAAUGCCUUUUCACGGUGUUUGGUGAACCGUUGGUCAGGGGAGGCUGAGUGUGUUUGUGACGCUGGCUAUGUGAGCGUGGACGGCCUGCCGUGUCAAAGCGUCUGUGACGUCCAACCAAACUUUUGUCUCAAUGACGGUAAAUGUGAUGUCAUCCAAGGAAAAGGUGCCAUCUGCAGAUGUCGAGUCGGGGAAAACUGGUGGUACCGCGGUGAACAUUGUGAAGAGUUUGUCUCUGAGCCUUUGGUGGUUGGCAUCGCCAUUGCAUCUGUGGCUGGGUUCCUCUUGGUGUCAUCUAGUAUCGUCUUUUUCCUGGUGAGGGCGCUGCGAGAACCGCAGGGUGGUGAAGACUCUGAGGAUCCAGUGAGAUGCAGGGAGGGAUCGUUAAUUCACGAGGGUGCCGCCGGUUUCAGCUCCAUGUUUGAGACUGACCCAGUCACGGCCCAGUGUUACCGACACUACAGCGAUGACCUGGCUCAGCACUACGGUCGCCGUGACUCUGGCCCUAACAAGGACAUGAGAGACGUAAACCCACAUUGUACACUGUCUGUAGAGGAACGGAACAGGAUCCUGGAUUUGUGCAGCAGAGACCGUGAAUUAGCAGAGUUUGUAAGACAAACGCAAAUGAUGCUGGACAGACGCAGUGACCUCACAGACGGAGGACCAAUCAGUCACCACUGACCAUCACUCCCAGCUAUCUGUCAUUUGUUCUUGGGAAGGAGUCUCCAGUUUUGAAGCUCCAACUUUCUCUGUCUUUGGGCUUUGACCCCAGUUCCUUCACACCCAGUCACCCAGUCACAUCCACAGCCCUGCACUUCCUGUUUCCUGCUCUGACUCCACCUACUGGUGCCUUUGCUGCUGUGGGAUGUCAACUGCAGAAUCUGUGAACUUUUAACAUCGUAUCACAGUCAGGUGGUCGGUGGAAGAGUGGAACAUCUUUAAAAGAAACUGUGGUGUAAUAUAAAUGGACUUUUUACUUCCUGUUACUUCUUUUUCUUUUAUUUUUUUUUUUCUUUUACUUUCCUUCAUUACAUUUAUAGUUUUUUUUCUCUUUUACUUUCCUUCAUUACAUUUAUAUUUCCUAUUCUACAAAGUUCAGAAGUAGGAACUGAAAUGAGUUAGAAUAAAUAUUUUAUCAUUCACUUCAUCACUGUAGAAGAAGCCUCCUGGGUGAGAGGUCAAAGGUCUAAAAUCCUUCAUUUCCUGAUACAUUUGCUUGUUCCAGUUGUCCAGUCUCCCAGCGACCUGUUUGUGAUUCCAUCUAUUUUUUCUAAUCUUUUCUACCCUUUUACUUCCACUCUUCCUAAAGACCAUGGUUGUCACUGUCCUAGCUGCUGCAGCCAAUGUUUACAUUAAUGCUUUUGAGCUGCAGCAAAAGAACCGUCUGAUCAGAUAAGGGUUAACAAUAUGUCACUGGAAACCGUUUUGACGAUGAAUUGAACUUUUUCAAACACUGAAUUAAACCAUUUUAACAGAAUUAAAACAACUUUAAUACAUUAACAAUAAAAUGAACAAUUUUAACACUGCAUUAGACUGUUUUGCUUAUAAUAUAUAUAUAUACAUACAUUUGUUAAAUAUAGUUUGAGAUAAAAGUCAAACUGUUUGUCUUUUAAAAGCUUGUUUACACAUCUGUUCUGUCUUAUUUAAUGAUACUAGUGUCGUUAAAGUUCAGCUGAACUUUUAAUUCUUUAGAUUGAUGUGUGUGUGUGCGUGUGUGUGUGUGUGUGUGAAGGCAUCAGUGAACGUCUGGGUUUUUCUGUAUGUUCAAUAGAAGAGAGUGUGAUUGCAGACUUUUUUUUUUUUCAUUUUUCUAAAAUAAAUUCUUGAUUGUUUUU